GGCUCAUAAUAGAUUACUAGAUGAUCCAACUUCCAAACAUUCGUUAGAUUAGAUCAUGAAAAACAGACCCAAAGCCCAUUUCGAAGGCUCUAACGGUCCAACCCAAACCCGUCAUUGCGCACACCUUCCUCCUGCAAAAGCAAAGGCAAAGGCAAGACCAUCUCACAAGUUUCAACGGCAUUCUCUUUCUCCUUCUUUCUAUAAUAAUCAACGAGGACUAUGUUGACAUUGAGGUGAUUGUUUUUGGCUUUGUAUGUGGGUUGUGUUCAAGACUUGAGUUGAUUCAUCAGUGAGUGAUUGACUGCUACUAGAAGAAGUUUUAAUAGUAGAGGAGUGAUUUUGAUGAUGUCGUCUUGGAAGGCGAGUUCCAGUAGUGGGACUGCUACGAAUCCGAAGCGAGCCUUGCCUUCUUGGAUGAGUGCAAGAGACGAUGGAAUUGGUGAUAAACAAGUUAAUGAUAGGGUGGAUGAUGACAGUCAAGUGGAAAGUUUGCAGAAAAGAGCAAGGGAGGUAGGCAAAGGAGUGAAUGAUGAUGGUGAGGAGAAAUUAUCUUCUGUUGGUCCAAAUAAAAUGGAGUUCUCUAAGCUUUUGGAAGGGGUGGUUUUUGCUCUGUCAGGCUUUGUUAAUCCUGAACGAGGUAUAUUGCGGUCACAAGCCUUAGAAAUGGGGGCAGAAUAUCAGCAGGACUGGAAUUCUAAUUGCACUCUUUUGGUUUGUGCAUUUCGGAAUACCCCGAAGUUUCGACAAGUUGAAGCAGAUGGUGGAACAAUUGUUUCCAAGGACUGGUUAACAGAGUGUUACACCCAGAAGAAGCUGGUUGACAUUGAAACUUAUCUUAUGCAUGUUGGUAAUCCUUGGAGGAAAAGCAACAUAACUCAUACAGGAAACCAAGUUUCUAAAAAAUCCCAACAUAAUAAAUCUCGUAAUCAUGAAGUGAAACGACCUGAAGUUGAGUCUAGUAUUCCCAGCUCACCAAAGGGAUUGAGAGAAAAUGCAUCAAAAGGUCUUAGAGAAAAAUUUGCUGCUUCCAAGGUGAAGAAAUGGGCAGUUGAUGAUUUGAACAGGACUCUCACAUGGCUCAAAAGUCAGGAAGAGAAGCCUGAGCCUAGUGAGAUAAGGAACGUAGCUGCUGAAGGAAUCUUGACCUGUUUAGAGGAUGCCAUAGACUUGCUUGACAAAGAGCAGGAUUUACGGCACUUGACUGAGCAGUGGAACAUCGUCCCUCAGGCAGUUGAAGAAUUGAUAGAAGUGCAGGGUGCUGAAAGUUCUUUCUCAAUUUCCAAGGCUGAUCUUCACAAGCAGGCUCUUGUGUGUAAGAAGAUCUACGAGGGUGACCUGAAGGAGAUGCCUGAUGGUUCAAGCGAGAAGAACAGAGAACAAAAGUCUACCAGCCGUAAUACAGGAAAAGGCAAACAGGUCGUCUCAGCUGAUGACAUAGCUAGUAACUCAAUGGAUUAUGAUAGUGAUGAAACAAUUGAGAUGACAGAAGAUGAGAUAAAUGAUGCUUACAAUAGUAUAGCUUCCAAUAUACCUAGAUUAUAAAGGACCUUAAAUCGUGUAUAUGACACUAAAGGAUAUUGUUGUUUUCUACUUGUGGACUUCUGGUGUCAUAUACACUAUUGUGUAGCAUGCCAACUCUGUGCAUUGAAACUUGUUCUAAUUGGUGUAUAUGGACGUUGUUAGUGAUUAAAAACAAUAUGAAAAAAAAAAGCUGACUGGAAA